AUGUCUGACAGCCUAACUGAAUCCCAGCAGGACAACUUGAUGGACGAGAUGAUCCGUUCUGCCACAAGAGACAUUGAAUCAUUCAUCCGAACAGGUCCCCUGGACGACGAAAGACCUAAAAGAACCGUUUUGCUUUGCAAUGGUAUAUUGUACAGUAGUACCAAAACAACACAUGCAGAACAAAUUGCUUUAGACUCGAUUGGUGACAAAAUCACUUCAAUGACAAAUAUAGACAUAUACAUUAAUUACUCCCCUUGUCAAGAAUGUGCUGCCAGAAUAUCACAAAUUGUGCAAGAUCACACAGAUUUAAAAGUGAAUAUUACACUUGCCAAAGUUUUUCAAAUAUAUGUGCCACACCAAAGAGGAUUGAAAGAAUUAAAGACGCAAGGAGUCACUCUCAAGGCAAUGGAAGGGCAGGACUGGAAAACCAUUGUUGUUAAGAUUCUGCAGCAUUAUGGAAAAGACUAUUGGGAGAAAUUACUAGACAAGAUUUUUGAAGUACAAUGGGAGUCUGGACAGGAAACUGUAUUACAUUGGAUUCUAACAUGUCAUAAGAGGGUUUACCAGUCUGCUGAAUCAAUGCAAAUGUUCAUAAAAGAUUGGGAGGAUAGAUUGGAUACUGCUUUCUUGAAACUUUCCCUGGACGACAGAGAGGGAAGAUGGGAAAAUGACUUAGAACAGAUUCUCAAAGAUAAUUGGAGUAAGGGAAAAAGAGAAGUACUGAAAGAAAUUCUCAAGAAUCAUGGGAUGGAUAAAUGGGAAAUUGUUUUGAUGCAGAUUCUCAAACGCAAAGAUAACUUCGACUGGAGACCUGCAUUAAAAGUAAUUGUGGAAAAGCAGUACAACUUAGAGUUGCAACACAACAACAGUGAAAAUGAUGCGUAUUUCAACUAUUUACUACUGUGGGGCUGGGAAACCUCAACAGUGAUUCUGUAUCAACAUGGGCUGGAUAGUAGGAAGGAUAGAUUGACAGAGAUUCUCCAGAAUAAUGGCCAGCGUGAUCUGGAAGCCUUAGUAUGGAGUAUUUCUCACAAGAAUAGACAGGGUUAUGCUUGGUUGAAAUUGGUGCUGGAAUGGUUACUGAUUGAAAAUCGAACCGAAUGGUCAGGGCGUCGCAUCAUUGCAGACUAUCAUGCAGCACAAAAACUAGAACAGUGUUACCUGUAG